AUGGUGAACUUUACGGUUGGCGAGAUUCGUCGUUUGAUGAAUUUCCACAAAAACAUCCGCAAUAUAUCUGUUAUUGCUCAUGUUGAUCACGGAAAAUCUACUCUGACUGACUCCCUGGUCUCUAAAGCGGGUAUCAUAGCUGAAUCACGUGCAGGGGAUACGAGAUUUACAGACACGAGGAAGGACGAACAGGAGCGUUGCAUUACCAUUAAAUCAACGGCUAUUUCUCUUUACAACGAAUUGGGGCCUGAGCAAUUGGAUUUCGUACGAAAAAUUCAACCCUUGGCCACAAAUGACGAAGGAAAGGAGGAAUGUGGAUUUCUCAUCAACCUUAUUGACUCGCCCGGCCACGUGGACUUCAGCUCCGAGGUCACUGCUGCCCUUCGAGUGACAGACGGUGGUUUGAGUUGGGCCUUCACUCUCCAAACAAUGGCCGCUUUCUACGGAAAGAAGCUUGGUAUACCAACAGCAAAGCUGCUGCCCAGACUAUGGGGCGACAAUUUCUACAAUACCGCGGAGAAGAAAUGGAAGAAGAAGUGUGGCGGUCCAGGAGACGUUCGAGGCUUCGUUCACUUUAUCUUGGAUCCAAUCUGCAAAAUUUUCCGCGCCGUCAACGAUGAGAACAAGCCAGAAAUCCAAAAACUCCUUAAAGUCCUGGACGUCAAACUUAGUUCGGAAGAGAAUGAGUUGCCUUGCAAAAGCAUGCUCAAAUGCAUUAUGCACAAAUGGCUGCCUGCUGGUGAUUGUCUCCUAGAGAUGAUCUGCAUCCACCUCCCUAGCCCUGUUGUUUCCCAAAAGUAUCGUAUGGAACUAUUGUACGACGGGCCCCACGACGACGAGGCUGCUCUUGGCAUCAAGAAUUGCGAUCCUGAGGCGCCACUCAUGAUGUACAUAAGUAAAAUGGUUCCCACCUCCGACAAAGGUCGCUUUUACGCUCUGGGCCGAGUAUUUUCUGGAAAGGUCGCUACUGGCCAGAAGGUCCGAAUUAUGGGAGCUAACUUCGUGUACGGCAAGAAGGAUGAACUGUACGAGAAAACUAUCCAGCGUACGAUCCUGAUGAUGGGUCGUUAUACUGAAGCCAUCGAGGAUGUUCCCUGUGGAAAUAUCUGCGGUCUGGUUGGCGUUGAUCAAUUCCUGAUCUACACUGAAGAAUCUGGAGAGCACAUCAUUGCCGGUGCUGGUGAAUUGCACCUUGAAAUCUGCUUGAAGGAUCUGGAGGAAGAUCACGCGUGCAUUCCAAUCAAAAAGUCAGACCCUGUUGUCUCGUACAGAGAAACAGUUACGGCUCACUCAUCGCAACAGUGCCUUUCAAAGUCUGCCAACAAACACAAUCGUCUGUAUUUCCGAGCAGAACCUAUCGGCGAGGAUUUGACAAACAUAAUUGACGAGGGUACCCAGUUUGCAAGAAUGGAACCGAAGGAAAGAGGACGCCUGCUAAUCGACGAACAUGGUUGGGACGCAACCGACACCCGAAAGAUUUGGUGUUUCGGUCCUAACGGUACCGGCCCUAACCUCGUUGCUAUGCGUGGUAUCCGGUUCAACAUUGAGGAUGUUGUUCUGCACGCCGAUGCCAUCCACAGAGGAGGUGGCCAAAUCAUGCCCACUGCUAAGCGCUGUUUCCUUGCCAGCCAACUGACGGCAGCUCCUAUGAUAAUGGAACCUGUGUAUAUAUGCGAAAUUCAGACUCCUGAAGAGGCCCUCGGUGGCAUAUACAGCACCCUCAAUAAGAAACGAGGCGUGAUCUUCAGCGAGGAGAACACUCCAGGAACUCCAAUUUACGUUGUAAAGGCUCAUCUCCCUGUCAACGAGUCUUUCGGCUUCACCGCUGAACUCCGCGCCAACACCGGUGGCAGAGCUUUCCCUCAAUGCCAGUUUGACCAUUGGCAACUCUACCCGGGUGACCCCUUAGACCCUAACAGCAAGUCAGGCCAACUUGUUACGGCUAUCAGGAAACGCAAAGGAAAGCCAGAGGCAAUACCACCACUUGACAACUUCGUCGAUAAACUUUAA